GGUGGUAGCGGUUAUUUGCAGACUCUACCGAAGGAGAUCAGGCAGAAAAUAUACGCAUAUGCCCUCGAAAUCAGCGAUCCGGUCAGUGCGAAGGAGUGCUGUGGGCCGACUGCAACAAAGCGAGAGCGCGAUGCUUGCAAGAAGCAUGGAAAUACUUGAACCCUCACCACGUAUUCCGGAAGGUUCAACCUCUUCUUGGUAUCGCGGGAAGUGAAAGACGAGGCAUCAUGGGUUCUCUUCAAUCUGGGAAAGCUGUUGCUCAAGGCGAACAACUCAAUCGCUCCAUACAUGACCGGGUAUCGACAGAAGACGCUUCAUCGACUUCCAGGCAUCCCCAAUGGCGGGAAGGCGAUGUGUAUGUGGAUGACGGCCGCGCGUUUCCGAAACGUCACCAUCGAGAUUCCGGCGGCGACUCUUAAGCUCCGUGACCCCGCCGUAUAUAUCGCGCGCUUGAGCGAGGCCGCAUCGCUGCUGCUUAAGGCAUGGGAGCUUCAGUCGCUGAAACCGACAUCGGUCGUGCCACACACCGUCAGCGUCAACCUCGGCACGUUCUUCACUCAAGGUAUUCCCUUCAACUUCCACACCACGGGCUCGGAUUUUCGGGAAGUAUGGGCCCUCAAUAACGGUCUGCUGCUCGACCCGGACUGGGCAAUGAUGGCUAUUGAGGCUGGUCGCAGUCUUGAGCGAAUGGUCUCGGUUGUGGGCCAACAUCGCGGCGCCUCGAUAUGGAAGUUCGUUGCGGUUGGAGCAAGCGGCAAGAACGACAAGAUUGGCGCACGGUGGCUCCGUGCCCUGGAAGCAGCCUGCCUGAAAACAGGGGUAUCUUUUGAGACAACGGCGGAGUAGUCGAGAUGCGCAAGCGAUGACGUGGGACAGGCUCAUCAUCUGUUAUCGGGACCACUAACAGCGUGACGCGCAGGGAAAGUGGUGCUUUGCGGGAAGCCCGUCCACUAGCGAUCGCUCUUGGAUGGGAUGCAUGGCAAUGGACGGGGAUUUGGAGUUUAUUUCACUGUUAUCUUUGGUCAUCUUUUAAUAUCUGUGAUAACUAUCCGGCUAGUAAUAGCAGUUUAGAUGCUCCUAACGCAUCCCGUUGACGUCCCAUUCAUGCAUUGGGGGUGUAAGGUUGCGGAGAGCACGGGUUGGACGGUCUUAUAGGAGCCCGUGAGCGAUCGAUCAUCCAAAGCCAUCAAAGUUUGACUGGUAGGUCUGACUGCUGUGCUUCAGCGCGAGUGAUUGCACCUAGAGUUGGUGUAAGAGGAGAUGUGAAAUCGACGCGGUGGACGCGUUGGAGAUCGG